UCAGUCCGAGUCGACAACGACGACAGCUCGCUAUUGUAUUUACGGUCUUGUGCCGGUCGCUUUGGCCAGUUACAAAACAAAUUUACAUAGCUAAUUAAAAUGUCGCUCACAUCGCUGGGAAUUAGCGCCGGCUUCAUGGUCGGCUGCUGUAUUGCAGCCCAGAUUGCUAGACGAGUGAGCCGACGACUCCUCAGUCAGGAUGGUAUUGUGCCGGUCCUGAUGAACGAGGCGAUCGCCGCCGCCGAGCUUUGUGCCUGUUGCUUUGAGCUGAUCAUUGUGGCUGAUAACUUUGGUGUGGCCACCUAUGCCAUAUUUCUGUUCUUGCUGACCAUCUGGUGGGGCAAGGUGUGGGGUGAUGCCUCCGCUUGCCCCUACACUCACAUGGAGGAUGUGCUGGAGGGUCGCACCAGCUUCAAGGAGAUGGCACUGCGCACCUGGGCGGAGCUAAUGGGUGGCUGCUGUGUAUAUCGCAUUGUUCAGGUCUUCUGGUGGCUUGAAUUCGCCGAGACCCACAAGGGACGAGCCUUUGAGGAAUGCAAUGCCGAUUUGCAGGUCAGCCCAUAUGUGGGCGCUGCCAUUGAGGGCGUGGCCACGCUGCUCUGCCGACUGGCUUCGAAGACACUGAGCUUGAAGGAGCCCAAGUUUAGUAGCUACAUUGAUUCCUUUAUCGGCACCAGCCUGGUGGUGGCAGCCUUCAACUUCUCCGGCGGCUACUUUAAUCCCGUGCUGGCAACAGCUCUCAAAUGGGGCUGCCGUGGCCACAGCAAUCUGGAGCACAUCAUCGUUUACUGGAUUGGCGCCUGUUUGGGUGCACUGCUCUCAGUGCCGGUCUUCAAGAUUCCCAUCGUAAAGCGCUUCUUGUUGGGCGAAGAAAAGGCUAAACAGGCCUAAAAUCCAAAUAGGCUUAUAGUAGUUAAAUUUUACUUGUUGUUUAUUACAAAAAUUAUUUAUUAAACUUCAAACAAAAUAUUUAAA